ACAGCAACGUUAAUUUCCAUAGCUAGCUAUCUUCUCCAUUCUUCAUCUAACCCGGCCGUCGCGUCGACCAUGGCCGCCGCCGUUGCAUUUGCCCACCUUCUCCUUUUCCUCGUCUUGGUGUCCCCUGCGGCCUGCUAUUCUGCUAGUCCACCGUAUCGCUGCGACUGGUGCCCUCGGCGGUCCACCGCCUCCCUCCUGCCUCCCGACGCCGCCGACGCCACCCUCACCGGCGCCGCGUGCGGGUACGGUGGCCUGGCGGCGGCGGCUGACCUUGCCGACGGGGGAUUCCACAUUGCGGCCGUGAGUGCUGGAUUCUUCCGCCGCGGCCGGGCCUGCAGCGCAUGCUACCAGCUGAGGUGCAGGGGCCGGAGCGCGUGCGCGAAGGACGGCGUCAAGGUCGUCGUCGUCGCCGACGUGCCGGAGACGAACAGCACAGGCAGGGGCGGGCGGUUCAUGCUCAACAAGGAAGCCUUCGCCGCCUUGACUACUGCUCGUGGCGGUGGUCAGCUCGCGAGCUUGGUGGACGCGGCAGUCGACGUCGACUUCAGGAAGAUACCUUGCGCCUACAAAGGCAAGAACCUGGCGGUGAGGGUGGAGGAGACGAGCAGCAGGGACAAGGGCCACCUCGCCGUCAGGUUCCUCUACCAGGGCGGCCAGACCGACAUCGUCGCCGUCGAGGUGGCGCGGGCGGAAAUUCCUGGUGCCACGAUCCAGAGUGCCACCGCGCCGUCGCCGGCAACAUGGCAGUACAUGACGCGGCGCGAGGGGUCGCCGGGGGUGUGGCACACGUCGCGCGUGCCAGCCGGCCCGCUGCGGCUCCGGCUCGUCGUGACCGCAGGCUCCGGCGGCAAGUGGCUUCGAACCGAGGGUGUAGUGCUCCCCGCGGAGUGGCAGGCCGGCGCGGUCUACGACACUGGGCUGCGCGUCACCGACGUCGCCGCAAGCACCUGCGGCGGCGCCUCCUGCUCCGCCUCCGGAGACGAUGACGAGGAGGAGUAGGAGCUCAGAUGACAAGCACGCUCCCAUCCAUCCAGGAUCGUGGUGACCAUGGUUCGUCGGAGCCGGCCUACACGCCACCGGCCGGCCGCCGGGAAGGUCGAUGCUGCUGCAUGCAUGUACACCGUACACUACAGAUAUUGUGUGCGUGUUCCUGCAUGCACCAAGAAGAAACGCAGAAAGGGACAUAACAGCAGAAAAGACCCCCAAAGAAGGAAAAUGUACAAAGAUCGCCUCAUCGCCUGAUCUUCUUCACUCCGUGACGGGCGGCCGUUAACCACACUAGCAAGUUGCUGGUGCAUAUUAUCAAGUAUUUUGGUGGGCUAAAGAUGAUAGAGGCACACACUUCAGAUCCUAUCAUUGUCAUUGUACUCAUGCAUGGACUAGUACAUGAGUGUGAGGUUGAUCUAUCGGCAGCUAGUCUAAUCUCUACUGUCUCAUCAUAGGUAUAUCCCAGCCGG